UCGCCUGGACACAACCGAGAGAGGCGACAGACAGAAACAUUUUUUUAAAAAAAAACUCCUCUUGAAAAAGAAAAAGAAUAAAAUUAACUUUUGCUGAAAUAGGCAACCCUUGAGAAAUGGCAAGUUGAUCAAUUUCAGUCCGCUUCAAAUCCUAAGGGACAGCCAGCGACUUGAUUAUUUCUCUCUCUCCCUGUUCUUCAACUUGGCUGGAAGAGAGAGAAAGACAAAAAAACUUUUCUCAAACUUUUCCUCUCUUCUCUCUCUCCCUGCGUGGAGGCGUUAUGGCCGGGUUGGAAGAAGCCUGGGCGAAUGGUUGCUUCCCCAGUUGCUUCGGUUCUCAGGAUGAGCUGGAGAUGAGGAGACGGAGCAAGGGGAUUGACCAUAUGCUGGCCAAGGAGAGACCCUACCUGAGGAGGAUGGUCAAAAUCUUGCUGCUGGGAGCCGGCGAGAGCGGCAAAAGCACCUUCCUGAAACAGAUGAGGAUCAUCCAUGGGAAGGACUUUGACCGCAAAACCGUCGAGGAGUUCCGGGACACCAUCUACGGGAACAUCAUCACCGGGGUGCGAGUGUUGGUGGACGCCAGGGAGAAACUGGGGUUGCCCUGGGCUAACAGUGACAACGAGAAACAUGGCCUCUUCCUGAUGGUCUUCGAGAGCAGCUGCAUGGGGGUUGGCGAAGGGCAAUUCCAGAGGGCAUUGCCCGCCAUCCAAGCCCUGUGGCAAGACCAGAGCAUCCAGGAGGCCUUCAAGAGAAGGAGUGAGUUUCAACUGGCUGAAUCAGUGCGAUACUUCCUGGAUAAUCUUGACCGAAUUGGCCAACUGAAUUAUCUUCCCACCAAGCAGGACAUCCUACUUGCUCGAAGAGCAACCAAGGGCAUCGUAGAGUACGACUUUCUCAUCAAGGGCAUCCCCUUCAGGAUGAUGGACGUGGGCGGACAGCGCUCCCAGAGGCAGAAGUGGUUCCUGUGCUUCGAAGGCAUCACCUCCAUCCUGUUCAUGGUGUCGUCCAGCGAGUUUGACCAGGUCCUGAUGGAGGACCGGCGCACCAACCGCCUGGUGGAGUCCAUGAACAUCUUCGAGACGAUUGUGAACAACAAGCUCUUCGCCAGGGUCUCCAUCAUCCUCUUCCUGAACAAGACUGACCUGCUGGAGGCCAAGGUGAAGACGGUCAACAUCGAGAAGCACUUCCCGGACUUUGUGGGCCGGCCCCACCACCUGGAGGACGUCCAGAAGUACCUGCUGUUGUGCUUCAACCGCAAACGGCGAGAUCGUAGCCGCCCGCUGUUCCACCACUUCACCACCGCCAUUGACACGGAGAAUAUCCGUUUUGUCUUCCAUGCUGUGAAGGACACCGUUCUCCAGGAGAACCUCAAUGAUAUCAUGCUGCAGUGACGUGAGAGACCGUCUGCGGCCCUGGUGGGCCCAGGUCACGCCGAGGUCGCACAGGGGUCAAGUGGAUGUGACUUCAGGCCCACACUGUUGGAGGCAACUGACAGUGCGGGGAUGAGAAGAGGGGUCUAGGCCACACCGUAUUUAAUAUUUAAGACCUUCACUCCCUGAUAUUCGAGGUUCUGCUGAAAAUUCAGCUGUAUUUCACUGCCCGGCCUGACCCUACUGAUUGAGCGUUUAUUCCUUUUGGAUUCCACACCCACCGCCAUUUUGACUUUCGCUUCCCACCGUUCCCCUCCCCCACCAGCAACAAUGUCGGCUCAGAUACUAAACAACUCCUCGGUCUUUUUUGGGAGUGCGAACCUGGGCAAUGGGAGCCAGUGGACCGUCGAAUUGAGGGAAGCAUUACCUGACUUCCACGCCCCAGGAAAAGGUGGUAGCACCAAGGUCCAAGAACCUUCAAAGGUAGUCUUCCAGUUCCAUCCCCACCUCAGGCCAACUGAGGUGCCUUGACCAAAAUCUGAACCAAAGGCAGAGGUGAAGAAGUAAUGUCACCAGAUUGGCCGUGCUAGGGUCAUUCAGAUCCUUUGGUCCAACCAGUCCAUGCCGAAAUAAUCCCAAAGUAAACUCGUCCCACCUGCCUGCUCCUGGCCAUAUCCCUCUAAACCUUUCCCAUUCAUGUACUUAUCUUUUGAACGUUGCAAUUGUAGCCACAUCCAUCACUUCCUCAGGAAGUUCACUCCACACACGAACCACUCUCUGUGUAAAAAGGUUGCCCCUCAUGUCUUUUUUAGAUCUUUCUCCUCUCACCUUAAAAAUACAACACCCCAGUCUUGAAUCCCCCACCCUAGGGAAAAUACACCUGCCAUUCACCUUAUCUUCAGCCCUCAUGAUUUUACAAACCUCAAUAAGGUCACUUCUCAACCUGCUACACUCCAGUGAAAAAAGAUCCCGGCUUAUCCAGCCUCUCCUUAUAACUCAAACCCUCCAUUCCCAGCAACACCCUGGAAAAUCCUUUCUGAACCUUCUCCAGCUUAAUUAUGUCCUUCCUAAGACAGGAAGACCAGAACUGGACACAGUACUGUCCAGAAGAGGCCUCACCAAUGUACUAUACAUGACGUCCCAAAUCCUCUAUUCAAGGGUCCGAGCAAUGAAGGCAAGCGUGCUAAACACCUUGUUAACCACCCUGUCUACAUGUGACACAAACUUCAAAGAAUUAUGUACCUGAACCUGAAGUCCCUUUGUUAUACUACACUACCCAUGGCCUUAGCAUUAAUUGCAGAAGUUCUGAAUGGAGGGGUAGCAGUGAGGAGCCCAAUGAUGUACUCCUACUCCAAAUCCAUAAGAUUGGACUUGGGUCAAUGAGAGUCAGUGCAACAUGAAGACCCAAUGACCUCUCUCCUCUGUUGUUUGCUAAUCGUCAUGGUGAUGGGGUCAGGCUGGAGGGAACAUCCUGAGUGUUGUACAGUUCCUCAUAGUCACCAUUUGGGGAAAAAAGACAGAAGAAAAUUCUCUAACAAAAAAACAAUGUAGGUGGUAAAGUGUAUUGCUGGUGUUAAUUAUUUUCUUAUAUUCAAGAGAGGAAUUCUGAUGGUGAGUUAUUCCCUCCGUUUGGGAUGGUAUCAUGGUUAAAACUCUGGGCUACUAAUCUAAAGGCCCGGGCCAGUGCUUUGGACACAACGGGUUCGGUUCCCAUGGCAACUGGUGGAAUUUGACCACAGUUAAUUCAAUCUGCAAUCGACCAGGCUCCGUGAUCAUCGUGAAAAUCCCAUCCGGUUCACCCCUGCCCUUCAGGGAGUGAAAUCGCCGACCUUUCUGGGCCCUGCCUACUCGUGACUCCGGACCCGCAGCAACACGAUUGAAUCUCAACUGCCCUCUGAAAUGGCUGAGGGAGGCACUGAGUUCAAGGGACCGUGGGCCUUGCCGGUGAGACUCACCUCUGACUAAAAGAAUGAAUGAAUUAAAGGACCUUUGGGAUGCACUGCCCGUUAAAACAGACUGAUACCUGAGAAAGUGAAGCGUGUGAAGCAACAGGAAGAAGAUGGGGAGGGGGCACUAACCCUAAGAAUGGGCCUGGUGAGUUGCUCAGGUCAAGGGCAAUUAGGAAUGGGCACAGGUGCCAAUGAUGCACUCAUCCCCUGAAAACCCAACCUUGCCAUAUACGUUGCUUGGCACAGCCUUCUUUCCCCCCAACUUCCUCCUUCAGCCGAGGUGGCAGUGUGCUUGGUUGGAUAUCCGCCCAAUUGUCUCUCUCCUCUGAAUCCGAAGGUUCUGUAUUCGAGUCACGCUCCAGGAACUGUGGGUGCUCUGACGUAGGCCUUAGGCAUCACUUUCUGACAGAGGGGAUGUGAGCUGACCAGCUCUGUCCACCCAUCACCUGGUGGUUAUCACACCAAGAGGGGAACAAGCUUAAAAAAAUGGGAGGUUCCAUGUCAACGCUGGGGUUAAGAAUGUUGGGAGCUCAGUGGGCCAAUGGCCAGUCAACCAACUUGUUAAUCAAUAUUUAACAUAGAACUAACCUGGAUCUUUGGGAUUUGGGAUUGUGCCAGGACCCAUAGUCGGCUAAUUCUCUAACAUUGACGAUGAUAGUGUCCAGACGACAGCCAAGCGAUCAAUGCCCACCCAGGAGUGAGUUACAGACUGCGGCCUGAUUAAUGGUUAUGUUGGUUUAUGUGUUGAGUAUGGGACCCACAGGAAUGCGUUACAGAUUGCACCCCGAGUGAGGGGUUUAGGUAAUUUAUAUAUAGAUUAAUAGAAACUGGGGAGUGAGAGUGAGUGAGGGGUUUGUGUGGUUUAUAUAUAGAAUAACAGAUACCCGGGAGUGGGAGUGAGUGAGGGGUUUGUGUGGUUUAUAUGUAGAUUACAGAUAUUUGGGAGUGAGUGAGGGGUUUGUGUGGUUUAUAUAUAGAAUAACAGAUACCCAGGACUGAGAGUGAGUGAGGAGUUUGUGUGGUUUACAUAUAGAAUAACAGAUAGCCGGGAGUGAGAGUGAGUGAGGGGUUUGUGUGGUUUAUAUUUAGAUACAGAUAUUUGGGAGUGAGUGAGGGGUUUGGGUGGCUUAUAUAUGGAAUAACAGAUACCUGGGAGUGAGUGAGUGAGGGGUUUGGGUGGUUUAUAUAUAGAAUAACAGAUACCGGGGAGUGAGAGUGAGUGAGGGGUUUGUGAGGUUUAUAUGGAAUAACAGAUACCCGGGAGUGAGAGUGAGUGAGGGGUUUGGGUGGUUUAUAUAUAGAAUAACAGAUACCGGGGAGUGAGAGUGAGUGAGGGGUUUGGGUGCUUUAUGUAUAGAAUAACAGAUACCGGGGAGUGAGAGUGAGUGAGGGGUUUGGGUGCUUUAUGUAUAGAAUAACAGAUACCGGGGAGUGAGAGUGAGUGAGGGGUGUAGUUUGCUGUCCUCUGUUGUUAGGGAGCAGUUUCCGAUGUGAGGUUUGAUAGCUAGAAUGUCUGCGGCUGUCAAUCAGAGAUCAGCAGAUCAUGAGGGAGGUUUCUCAGCAUUCCGUGUGAUCCACUUUGGGAAUCAGAGUGAUUCUAACUGGUCAGGGAGCUUGGCAUGAGCAAAUGAUCCAGACUGAUCCUGCAAUCAUGUUCCUGUCGGAGACAUUCGGGCGAUGUCAGACUGAAGGAAGCUGUGUCAGCAAUAUCAUGUUGGUCACUGCCUGAGCCAGUUCCCCAGAGAGGCCCUGGCUGUGAUGAGUGGGUUGUGGAAGGGUAAUGGGUUGAUGGGCAGUGUGAGUGGUCAAGAUCAAUAUCUCAGUUUGUUCCAUGGGCAGGCGGGAGUGCUGAGUGUAAACAGCAGGGGCAAGUGGGGCUUCCCAGUGUCAUCUUCAGGGGAUUGCAGGCUGUCUCAGUGUCUUCAGCAGGGGCAGAGUGAGCAGCAGGUAUGAGAGGAUUCUGAGAUAGAUUGGGGGUGGG